AUGGGUGAUUCCUUUGGUUUACGCCUCAGUGCAAUUAAUUCUUGGGCUGCCAUGCAGCAUUAUUGUGUAGAGCUUUCAGAGAGGAUGCGGAGUUCCCUGUGUCCCUGGCUGGGUCAAGGGCAAGUUAUGUGCCCAUUCAAAAAGCAUGAUGUUACAGCGGAGCUCACGCGCUGUGUGGGAGUCAGCUGCUGUGGCUGUGUCACCAGCAGGUUUGGGACCUCUUGGGGCGUGCUGUCGGCUAGGAAGAAGGUUGUGGACACUAAUGCAGUUGUUGAUUUAAGAUUUUCAAGUCAGGUGGACAAAAGCCCAGUAGCCGCUUACUGGCCACUGCUGGCAGUAAAUCAAGCUUUGUGCUAUAAAGGAGUAGGAAUCAACAAUGUUGUUACCUCCAGCUUUGUUGAACGUUGCUGUUGGAGCCCUGCUUGGACAAGUGUGAAAAGCAGCCUUGUUGAGCACGAAGUCGCUGCUCGCUUGCAGAUGUUGAGUCACGUGAACUACCGCAGUCCUCAGUUUGGCACAGGCGUAGUAAACCGUUGCUUAUCCUACAUCUCUGAAAUCUUAGUCCAGUGGUUUGUGAUCUGGACCAGCAAGAAUAUCCUGCGUGACUCUGCUCAGCAGGUAGCCACAGCUGCUUUGGGCUGCUGGAACUGCGGCUGGCAAUACACGGAUGAUAACGCGCUGAUUCCUAAGAAUUCAUCGGUAAUUGUUAGAAGAAUCCCUAUUGGAGGAGUCAAAGCUACCAGCAAAACAUACGUUAUAAGUCGAACUGAGCCAGUGAGUGGAACAUCAAAAGCAGUAUGUAAAAACACAAUCUCACACUUUUUUCUACACACUGCACUUAAUUCUAAACAACGUAGUCUUUUAUUAAUUUUCCAAACAUUAACUUAAUAUAUUUUCCAGUAAAACAUAGUAUAUGUUGUAAAUAGAAUGUAUUUGAUUCAGCAUAGUAAAAACUGAGUAAUGCCAUCAUUUGCACAGUUCUAAUGUGAAUAUUGGUAUUUGUGCCUAGUAAUGCAUUGUAUUUCAUAUUGAAUAUGCUAGAAUAUUUCCUGUAUGACUUUGUGUUGUACAGAUAAUGUAUGAUCGUUUUUAGAUCAUGUAGGUUCAAGGUUUGCACAACUGAACAUGGUGCCAUGUUCUACAUCUGUCUGUCUAUAGCUAGUAAUUUGUAUGUUUGUAUAGGCUGUUGUGUGCUUUUUGUUUCUUGCAAUAAAAAUUGUUUGGAGUGUAUUUUUUGCCAUUUUCACAUUGUAUCACUUAGCUUUUGUUUUUAAAUACUUUUUUUUUGCCUAAUGGUUUUUGAAAAUGUUAUCAAAAACCACUGAGAAACCAUUAUUGU